AUGAAGAAGGGACGAAAGGCUCCCAGGUCGCGCACUGGAUGUAAACGAUGCAAGGAACGGCGAUUCAAAUGCGAUGAGGAAAGACCUGGUUGUGGUCGGUGCCAGUCUGCUGGGCUCCCCUGUCCUGGAUACAACCAGUCGCUGAAAUGGUCAACCAAACAUGAGGUAUUCAACCCAACAAAACGACGGGCACAAUCUUUCAAGUCCGAGUUACAAACGCCGAUUCCCCAAGGCGCUUCCAUCGAUAUCGCUGGCUCACUGGAAGCCGCCCAAACUGAUAUUUCACCUCCAUUGCCAAUCCUGGAAGAUGAUAACCUCCACCACUUUUCAGUCCCCCUUCAGUCCGCGCCUCCCGACUCAGAAGACGCGAUCUAUCCAAACGAGAGCUUCUCAACCCCGGCCGUACCGCUUGAUCCCUUUUCAACUCAUAUCCCGGACCUUCAAGCCACCCCUUCCGGUAUUUCAUUCUACAGCAGGCCAACGGAUUUUGAUGAAGCCACCGAACUCGAAGAGGCCGACCCAUCAGAAAGCUUGGUCCCGCCUGUAGCGAUCGGUAUGGAGUUUCAGCCCGAACAGGCUCUAGUAAGCUCUCGCCAACCACUAUUACCAUCACCAACACGGGGACCUUCGGACUUUUCCUCUGCCUUGGUCGAAUAUUACUUCAAAGAGACAGCUGCUGUCUUCUCAUGCUACGAUGGCAACAUGAAUCCAUUUCGUACCACGGUCGGCAAUUUCUGGACGCUAUCACCUGCAUUAUACCGCACUCUCCAGAGUAUGGCGGCGGCUUGUUUGGUCAACGAAAACCCCUAUUUCAAGCGGUUGAGUCGAACCUUGCGAACGGAAGCCAUGUCACUUCUAUUCAACACCCCGGAUGAGGAUGAGACAAGUCUACUCGCCCUUCUUAUGCUCGGCCAAAGUUCAAGCUGGUUUGACCCUCAAGACUUGGGGAUUCCAUUGUUCAAAACAUUGAGGUCAAGAUUAAAUCGUCGGGAGCCUACUCCGGACGGUCAGCUGACUAGCGUAGUCGGGAGCCACGGCUUUUUCCAGGAGGCUAUGGAGUACUGGGAGAUGCUGUUGUCCUUUGUCUCGAGCGAGAUCAUAUCUGAUCCUAUGGACGGUCCCUGGUCACCCAGUCACAGCAACAUGAGAAAAAUCCCACAUCCUUGGACCGGCAUUUGUCGCGAAACUCAGAUGCUUGUUAACCAAGUCGGUCAGUUGGUCAGAUCAGAAAGAAUCCGAGCACGAUCUACUAAAUUUACCUGGCAGCAUUCAAUUGACGAAUCUGUGACCUCACUACAACUCGCUCGAUGUCUUGAGUCGAGGCUCAGAAGCCUCAGCGAACCACAAGAUGAAGCAAUCAUCAAUCCAGGAGAUGUGGAAACACCAAUCUGGCACCUUCAAAGAAUCGCAGAGAUCUAUCGGAGAACGGGUCUUAUCAAUCUUUAUCGUGUGUUCCCGGACCUGCUUCUCGAACAGAUCAAUCAGCUUCAAGCACUAAACGCCAAUUCAACAAUGCUCUCUGGGACAAAUUCAGCCAGCGACGACUGGCUAGGACUGGUUGAAGAUUGUACGACUGGCAAUACUGAGCCCGAUAGCAUGUACAAUUGGCUCACGAACUAUGCCAUCGAAACCAUCGACCUGCUGGAGUCAAUCCCUCCUACGUCAAGAACCAGGUGUUUACAGCCUUUCAUGCUCGUUGCCUGUGCAUGCGAGCUACGGGCUCCUCCUUUGGAAAACCCUAGACCUUUUGACGUAACAUCGACUGGUCUGUCAACAAUGAACACUGACAAUUUUCGCUGGCUGUCUUCGCCACAGCUUUCCUUCCCUAACUCGAUUUCGGCCUUCAAUACCUCUUUCGACGAUGCUCAAGCCACUGGUGAUCCUGGACUCGAGGUCGACGAAUCGUCCCUCGCACAAGCGUUCCGGGUCUUCCAUGCACGCAGAUUUGUCCGCGGACGGCUGAACCUAUUCAUGAACGUAUUGCCUCCCAGGCCAACGAAAACUUGCAUGGACCUCAUCGAGGCCGUCUGGAACAAAUUGGACGAAGGCAACGAAGACAUCUACUGGAUUGACGUCAUGAUGGACAUGGGCCUAUAUACCACUAUGGGAUGA